AUGGCUCCAAAAGGAAAGAAGGUCGCCCCAGCUCCUUUGUCGACCAAGGCUGCUAAGAGCACUGGUCCAAAGAACCCUUUGUUUGAGUCCACUCCAAGAAGCUUUGGUAUUGGACAAAACAUCCAACCAAAGAGAGCCUUGAACAGAUUUGUCAAGUGGCCACAAUACAUCAGACUGCAGAGACAAAAGAAGGUGCUCUCGAUGAGACUGAAGGUUCCUCCAGCUAUUGCUCAGUUUGCUAACACUUUGGACAGAAACACUGCUGCCGAGGUUUUCAAGCUCCUGAACAAGUACAGACCAGAGACUGCUGCUGAGAAGAAAGAGAGACUCACCAAGGAGGCUGCUGCCAUUGCUGAGGGCAAGAAGAAGGAAGAUGUUUCAUCCAAGCCAUUUGUUGUCAAGUACGGUUUGAACCACGUUGUUUCUUUGAUCGAGAACAAGAAGGCCAAAUUGGUGUUGAUUGCCAACGAUGUCGAUCCAAUCGAGCUGGUUGUCUUCCUGCCAGCUCUGUGCAGAAAGAUGGGUGUUCCAUACGCUAUCGUCAAGGGUAAGGCUAGAUUGGGAACCCUUGUUCACCAGAAAACCAGUGCUGUUGCUGCCUUGGUCGACGUUAGACCAGAGGACGAGGCUGCUUUGGCCAAGCUCGUUUCCACCAUCAACGCUAACUUCAUCGAAAAGUACGAGGAGCAGAGAAGACACUGGGGUGGAGGUGUGAUGGGUGCUAAGACCAAUGCUAAGCUGGCCAAGAGAGCCAAGGCUGCUGCUGUUGCUGCUGCCAACGCCCCAAAGAGAGUCGAGGCAUAA